GCCCUCCCUCUCGCUCUCUCGCCGACCGCUUGCAGCUCUCACUCUCUCCCUGACCACUCGCUCUCUCUCCCCGACAGCUCUCGCUGUCUCCGACCCCGACCGCUCGCCCUCUCGUCGGCCAGUCGCUCGCCGGCCAGUCGCCACCCUCUCCCUCUCGUCGGUGUCUUCCUCACCGCAGUCUUGCACCUCACCACCCAUAACCCUAGCAGCCCGCCUCCCUCUCGUCGGUGAAAGGUGACAUUUUUACCAGUUGGGGUGCUCGAUUCGUGGUGGCGGUGCUCGAUCCGUGGGCGGCGGUACUCGAUCCGUGCUGGAGCAGCGGGAGGAGGAGGCCAAGGUGGAGAUCGUGGUGCGGGAGGGGGAGCUCGGCGAGACGGCGGCUGGAUCUGAAGCGCGGCUGCUCCACCUUCCUCAGGGUGGCGGGGAUCUCCGACUCGCUGCAGAGGAGAAGGGCCCGACCGCUGGCGUCAUCCGCCGCUUCCUCAGGGUUGGCGGCGGCGGGCUGUGUUCCGGCGGGAGGGCGGCACGUUCAAGGUGCUGCAGGUGGCGGACAUGCACUACGCGGACGGGCGGAGCACCGCGUGCGAGGACGUGAUGCCCGAGCAGGUCGCCGGCUGCUCCGACCUCAACAUCACCGCCUUCCUCUACCGCGUCAUCCGCACCGAGGACCCCGACCUCGUCAUCUUCACGGCAGCACAGGCGGCGCACGGGCGGGGAGGAGCACAGGCUGCUGCUGUUGGUCAGUGCGGGAAGGAGCACGGGCAGAGGUCAAUUGGCCGGAUCCGGAGCUCCAGUGCCUGAAUCGAGGAGCAGGAAGGCUGAGGCAGGAGGAGGAGCACAGGCUGCGAUGCUGCUGCUGUUGGUCAGUGCGGGGAGGAGCACGGACGGAGGUCAAUUGGCCGGAUCCGGAGCUCCAGUGCCUGAAUCGAGGAGCUGGAAGGCUCAGGCAGGAGGAGGAGCACGGGCGGCGCUGCUGCUGGUCGGUGCAGGGAGGAGCACGGGUGGCGCGGAGGCCAGGAGUCGCGGGCGGCUGGAGGCUGUGGCGGACGGCGAGGGAGUUGCGUAUGAGUUUGGGCUCUCAAUUGGAGCGGAGGAAGGCGGCCGGCGAGGGAGCUGCGGCCGGUGCGGGCGGAUGCCGGAGCUGCAGCAGUGGGGUGGAGCCUGGCGGAGGGGAGGAGCGAUGGAGGAAGACGAAGAUCCCCGGCGACAAGAAUUUCAAAUUGAGGGUAGUUUGGUACUUUUUCCUGUUUUCACCUGGUCGGAGAAGUUCCCCAACGACAACUAUUUUGGAA